AGGCGGCGGCUCCGGCAGGGCGGGGCGGGGCCGGGCGGGGAGGUGGGCGGGGGCACGAGGCGGCCAUCCUUCUGCCUGUACGCGGCCGGGCACGGAGGGCACCCGGCCGCUGGCCAUGGCGGCGCUGGCAGCUCCGGCAAGCGGAGCAGCGUGAUGGAGAUGCUACACGGGUGGACGCUGGACAGCCAUGCCCGGGAGGCCAAAGAGCGGCUGGACCAGAAGCUCAGGAGCAAGAGGGAGGCCGCCAUCAAGAGGCAUCACAGCACGGGGAGCAUAAAGCUGAGCCGGCCCCACCACCACGGGGGCGCCGGUGCCGCCGGCGCCGCCGGCGCGGACGAACGCGGCGAGAGCUCAGCGGCGUCGGCGAUGUGCGGUGUGCAGAGGGAAGUGUACUCGAGGAAGGGCGUGAUGCGGCGGCUGAUGCGGUGGAGCCGGCCCCGGUGGGCCGCGGCGGAGCAGGCGGAGUGCGCGGUGUGCCUGGACGAUUUCCGCGCGGGCGACGUCCUGGCGCACCUCCCCUGCGGCCACCGCUUCCACUGGGCUUGCGCCGCGCCAUGGCUGGAGGGCACCUCCCGAUGCCCCUUCUGCCGCGCCGCCGUCGACGCCAACCCACCACAGCCCGCCGCCGGCGCCUAGCCCUGGUGCCGGCGGCCCCGGCCGGUGUGCGCCUACCUCGGCUAGAAAGCAAAGCAAAGCUAAUCUGCCGCCGAUCAAGCUCGGCAGCGAGCUAAGCCACACCAUUGCCGUGCCGUCGGGAAAGUGGAGACGAGCGCGAUGAGCACGAGACAUCCGUGAACCUGUUGCCGGUUUCGCGCGCACCCGGCGCGUGUCGAUCCGGCCGUGUCCCGUGUUCCCUAGAGCAAUCGAUGAGCGUUUUUGCCGUGGCGAGUAGUCACUCACUGAACAGUGUGUUAGAGAUUCCAGGGUACUCCUUUCCGUGUAAAUUUUCGUCUGAUCCAGGAGGAAGGGAACUGUAAAUUCGAUCGAAAGCCUUGGUUUACAGUUUUGCUUUGAACUUAAAUUGCUCAUUUGAAGUU